ACGUCGUCGUCGUCGCACCGCAUUGGCCAAAGGCAAAGGCGCAGGGAAGCGCAGGGAGGAACGAAGGAAGCCAGGCAGGGAAAACAGGCCACCGAGCAGGGGAUCGAGGAGCGGCAGCAGGCGCCAACAGAGGGAGCAGCAGGCAGCUAGCAGGAGCAAUAGCAAUGGCCCAGCAUGGAGGCACAGAGGCCCUGGCCGCUGAACUGGCCAAAGCUGUGGACCUUAUCAUGCACCCGAUGACCCAGCAGCAGGCCCGCCUGGAGGCUUACAUGGCUUGCGAGCGCUUCAAGGAGGAGUCUCCGCUGUGCGCCCAGGUCGGUCUGUACUUGGCCAGUUCGCCGCAGUCGAAUCAGCAGGUGCGCCACUUUGGGCUUCAACUGAUCGAGUACACAAUCAAGUUCCGAUGGAAUUGCAUUUCGCACGAGGAGAAGGUGUACAUCAAGGACAAUGCCAUUAAGAUGCUGAACGUGGGCGUGGGCCCGGCGGAGGACCGCACGCUGCUGCCCACAAAGGACGCGCUCUCGCGCAUCAUCGUCGAGAUGAUUAAGCGGGAGUGGCCUCAGCAGUGGUCCGACCUGCUGCCAGAGCUGAGCUCGGCCUGCGCCAAGGGAGAGUCGCAGACGGAGCUGGUGCUGCUCGUCUUCCUGCGGCUGGUGGAGGACGUGGCUCUGUUGCAGACAAUCGAAUCGAACCAGCGGCGCAAGGACAUGUAUCAGGCACUAAACAACAACAUGAACGAUAUUUUCGAGUUCUUCCUGCGCCUGGUGGAGCAGCACGUGACCGCCUUCCGUGAGACGACUCGCCAGUGCAACUAUACUAAGGCCAAUGCCCACAGCCGGGUCGUCGAAAUGGUGCUGCUCACGCUCAGUGGUUUCGUCGAGUGGGUCAGCAUCCAACACAUAAUGUCCAGCAACGGCAAGCUGAUGCACUUCCUCUGCAUUUUGCUCAACGACAAAGCAUUCCAGUGCAACGCGGCCGAGUGCUUGGCGCAGAUCACCAAUCGCAAGGGCCAGGCUAAGGAGCGCAAGCCACUGCUCCAGCUGUUCAACGAGGAGCCGCUACGCUACAUCUACCAGGCCAGCCAGAUACCGCCCGACUCUGUGUCGGCGCAGUCCAUCGAGCAGCACCACAACUUCCUAAAGAAGCUACUGCAGGUGCUUAACGGCAUGGCCCAGCAGCUGGUGGCGCUGUGGGGCAAGGACGAUGCUACUCAGCGUCCGGUACACCUCGAGGUGCUGCUCGAGUGUUUACUGCUGCUCGUGCAGCAUCCCUCGCUAGCAGUCGCCCAUGGAUCAGCACUUAUCUGGCAGCUGCUGCUCAAGCAUGAGCCCUGCUCCAAGGACUUUGCCACGCUCAACUACAUUCCCAAGCUCAUACACACGAUCGCACCGCGCAUUGUGAAGCUGCCAUAUCCUGCCACGACCAGCUCGCCCGCCAGCCUCUCCACGGAGGCCUACAUCCGGCUGGAGUACGACAGCGAAGAGGAGUUCGCUCUCUACUUCUUCCGCUGCCGCACCGACUUUCUAGAAAUUUUCCGCCUGGCGACGUUGGUGCAGCCGCUGGUCACCUACGGCUACUGCGAACAAUGGCUACAACAGCGUCUGCGCCACGCUGUCGCCGAAGCAGAGGCGGAAGCUAAGAGCGGAACCGUCUCGUGCAGCGUGCUGGAUCCCGUUUACCUGGAGUGGGACGCGCUGGUCAGCGUGCUGGACGGCGUGCUCAGUCGGAUUCUGCUCGUGGCGGAGCGGCCAUCGGUGCCGGCGGGACUGCGGCUGCUGGAGGAGUGUCUCAAGCUGGAGACGGUCAAUCCGCUAAUCUACUCGAUCCUGCUCUCCUGCAUCUCGGCGCUGUUCGUCUUCCUCAGCAUGUCAUCGUGUCAGAUCACGGCCACCAACUGCGUGGCAAUGAGCGGGGUAAGUCUGCUGCCCCGCGUCCUCGACAAGAUCUUCCGGGCGCUGGUGCUGAAGCCACCCAACGAGCUGGAGAAGGUGCAAGCCAAGUCGGCCAAGAAUCUGCGUCGCCACGCAGCCUCGCUGCUGGUCAAGCUGGCCCACAAGUAUCCGCUGCUGCUGCUGCCCGUCUUCGAGCAGAUCAACGGCCAUGUGGAAAUGCUGCUGAAGGAGCCCGGCCAGCACCAGAACCAGCUGAGUCGACUGAUGCGCACCACGCUGCAGGAGGCCCUGAUCCUCAUCUCGAAUCAUUUCUGUGACUUCGAGCGUCAGACGCUGUUCAUCGAGCACAUCGUCCACGACAAGCGCAGCGAGUGGUUGGCUUUCAGCGAGGCCCUCAAGUCUCCGCUGGACUUCAUGAGCUUCGUGGGACUGGACAAGCCUCCCAUUUUCGCUGUGGAAGGUGCUCCGUCGCUCGAGAACCGCUCGCGUCUUCUGGAUGCUCUGCAUGUGGUGCUUGGCGUGGUUAAACGCUGCACCUGGCCGGAUGACCCGGACAGGGCCCAGCGCGGUGGAUUCGUGAUCGGCUGCACGGAACUGGGCAAUCCCAUCUGCCGCAAUCCGGCCACCAAGCACGUGGUGCCGCUGCUCUCGCACGUCCUUAGCCUGAUGCGCGUACUGAACGAGCUGUUCGCCCCGGAGGCGUUGGCUGCUCUUUCCGAGGGCUAUCGAGGAAUUCACGGUAUGCUGGAGCACGAGAAGAAGCUGCUGAUGGGAAUAUGUGCCCUGCCCACCGACCCGCUGGACACCACCAUACGCAGCGAGCCGACACCGUUCGAGAAGAUGCAGACCUUCAUGAUGAUGGUCACCGAGGGUUGCUACCACCUGAUGGGCUCUGCGGGGCCAUCUCUGGGUCGUGAUCUCUACCAGCUCCUGGGCCUGGCCGAUGCCAUCGUCAGCAAUGUGUUCAGCCGCAUGGAUCUGGUCCCCGACUACCGACUGCGACCGAUCAUCCGUGUCUUCUUCAAGCCCUUUGUCUAUUCGUGCCCGCCCACCUUCUACGACAGCGUCCUGGUGCCGCUCUUUGCCCAUCUGGCGCCAUUGAUGUGCGAGCGCUUGACGCGCCGCUGGAUCUACAUCGCCUCGCUCUACGAGAGUGGCCAGCUUAAUGGCGAGGUGAACGACACGCAGGAGGUGCUGGAGGAUCAGCUGAAUCGAACAUUAACCCGCGAGUACCUCGACGUGCUCAAGAUUGCCCUCGUGGGUGGCCAGAUCGGAGCCGAUCACGUCGCAGCCGGUGGUGCCAACGCUAACAGCAACAGCACGGCCAUGGAGAACGAGGAACAUUCGAUGGACAGUGUUCCACAUUCGCGGGCCAUCCAGUCGGCUCUACUCUCAGACAUCAUCAGCGAUCUGGGUGGUAAGCUGCUGCGGAACAACCUCAUUGGCAACUAUGUCUUGAUGACCCUGCUGAAGGCGAUCGCCUGGAACGAUGGCAUGUGCAGCAUGAAGGCGGUGAACAUUGCGGCGCCCGUGAUGCGCUUUCUGGCCGCCGAGCAAAUGAUGGAUGAGAACAAGGCGGUAACGGCCUUUACGGCCGUCCUGCAGGGCAUGCAGGUGCACGGGCAGCACGAGGCCAACCAAUCCGGCCUGGUCACCCUCGGUGUGCAGUUCUAUGAGCUGCUGCGGCCGCAGUUCCCCAUCCUCAGCGAGGUGCUGCAGCACAUACCCAGCGUGAAUGCGGCGGACAUUCAAAAGUUUGACGAGAAGAUUGCCGUGGCGCCCGUCAAGGGCAACAAGGUGGAUCGGGCCAAAAAGGAUAUAUUCAAGAAGCUCACUGUUCAGUUGGUCGGGCGCAGUGUCAACCAGUUGUUCCGUCAUGAGGUUCAGAUCGCCAACUUGCCGCCGAUGCACAAAGCAACCAAGGGAGCAGCUGCCGGUACUGUGGAUAUCAUGGACAGUAAUCAGAACGCCAGUCUGCCCCGGCUAUUUAGCGCGGAGAAGUGACAGGGACCCCAACCGAGGCAGAAUAAUAGCACGGAUACGACAACGACGAGGAGAAGGAGGAGGCGGCGUCGCAGCGGAGGGGGAGCCUCCACUUCCACCGCCAUCAGCGACCCGGUUACGGUCCAAGGUCAGAAUCAGGAUCAGGAUCAGGAUCAGGUCGAAACCACGGCCACCUCAGCUGCCAAACUAGCGACGACUGAACUUAAAGUAAUUGUAAACUAGCUAAGACGAAGAGAGCCCGUGCUGUCGCAGGAACCACAACCCACGCCUAUGCCCAUGCCCACGUCCUAGCCCAUGACCCAGUCCAAAUUCCAGUUUUUAAAUUGAUUAACUUAUUUAUUAUACGAACUAAUGGCCGCUUGUAGCCCUAAUUUAA